AUGUCCUCGACUGACCCAACCGUGCUAUGGAUAUGCCAUGGCCUGGCCAUGGGCCUCUGUGUGUCUCGCCUUGUACUUCGCAAAUGCAGGAAACAGGCAUUCACAGCCGGAGACUAUUGGACAAUGGGCGCACUCUUUGCCAUUAGUCUUCGUGUGACGCUGAAUCAUCUCAUUCUCCUGCACGGAACCACCACCACAAUCAAGGAUGAUCAACGGCCUCCAGGUCGCUUGCCUGAGGGACUCCGAAAUAGGAUCAUAAUCGACAGCAAGCUAAACGUGGUCAACAGGUUCACAGUCAAUACAUUGUUGUGGUGCCUCAAAAUGGUUGUUUUAGACUUGUGUCUCCGUCUUGUUGCCAAAACAACCCGAGAAGGUGCCAUCAGAUACUCGUACUGGGCUGUGUUUGGUGCAACCUAUGUCGCUGGCCAGCUGUCGGUGGCAUUAGAGUGCAGACCGUUCCAUCUAUACUGGCAGAUAUACCCGGAUCCGGGUGCCUGUGUCAAGGGAAACGUCUGGCUUAUUACAUACGAGGUCGGGAACCUGGUCACGGACACCAUGCUGGUCAUCAUGCCGUUUCCGGUGCUCUUUGCAGUCAAAACUCGGUGGCAGAAGAAAGUGCAGUUGUGUUCGCUAUUUAGCAUCGGCUUUUUCCUCAUUGCCGUCAGCCUUGUUCGCAUUAUCCAAGGCAUCCCUAAUGCCCGGGUACAAUCGACGCGGACGUUCUGGGGCUCGAUAGAGACACUCUUUGCCACACUCGUCGCCCAGGCGCCUACUCUUUACACGUUGCUCCGCCGGUCCACGCCGCAGAAUAGCUAUCAGCAAGCCGGCGACAGUUACCGGUUGGCUUCCUCUGGCUACCAGACAGAUCGAUCCAAACCGAGACGAAUCCCCAACGACCGAGACAUUGAGCUGGGAGGCGUAGGUGCUGAUGGCGGUGACAAGUCUUACAGCGUGCGUGCAUUCUCCGGAAGGGGCGACAAAUCACCCCCGGCUUCUGCUGACGACGAGAAUGAAAGCACGAAAGGCAUUCUCGUCACCGUCGACAUCACGAAAGUUGACGCCGAGGAUGAACACCAUAAGAACUCUGGGUUCCUGCGAGACACGAGCUAG